CCGGCGUCGACCCACUUUAUACGUGAAAAUCCGUUUGGGGGAAGUUAUGGGUGUUCACGAGCUGUGGUCCAUCGUCGAGCCGGUUCGUGAGUCGGUGCCGCUGUACAGUUUGAGCGGAAAGACACUGGCAGUUGAUCUGAGUCUGUGGGUGUGCGAGGCCCAGCAUGUCCAGGCUAUGAUGGGGAGAGUUACCAAGCCCCACCUGAGGAAUUUAUUUUUCAGGGUGUCAUCCCUCACGCUUAUGGGGGUGAAGCUUGUCUUUGUGAUGGAGGGAGAGGCCCCUAAACUUAAAGCAGAAACCAUGAGCAGGAGGGCAGAAACGAGAUAUGGAGGAUUCAAAAAGGCCUCUGCCCCUAAAGCUGCUACAAAGACCAGCAGAGGGCGCUUCAAUGCUGUACUCAGAGAGUGUGCAGAGAUGUUGGACUAUCUGGGUGUGCCAUGGGUGACAGCUGCUGGGGAGGCCGAGGCCAUGUGUGCCUACCUGGACUCUCAAGGCCUGGUGGACGGCUGCAUCACUAAUGAUGGAGACGCCUUCCUAUAUGGAGCCCGGACUGUCUACAGGAACUUCAAUAUGAACAGUAAAGACCCUCAGGUGGACUGCUACAAGACCUCAAGGGUACAAACAGAGUUACAUCUCACCAGAGAGAAUCUAGUUGGUCUUGCCAUCUUUCUUGGCUGUGAUUAUAUUCCUAAGGGCAUACCAGGUGUUGGUAAAGAGCAAGCUCUGAGGCUUAUUCAGAUGCUGAAAGGACAAACACUCCUGCAGAGUGUCGUGUUUGUGCUCUUGUCACCUUUCCCUAAUCACCUCAGGUUCAUCCAGUGGAAGGAGGAGAACGUGGGGGUGUCUGAGGGAGUUGUGAAGAAGGUUCCUCACUGCAACUUGUGUCGACAUCCUGGGUCAGCAAAGGCACAUGAACGUGGCGGCUGUGUGCUUUGUGACAGUAAACGUUUCUGUCAACCUCAGGACUUUGACUACCAGUGUCCCUGUGACUGGCAUCACUAUGAACAGACUCGGCAGGCUGUGUCCUUCGAGGCAAAUGUCAGAAGGAAAACACUGGCGAGUCAACAGUUCCCUUUUACAGAGAUCAUUAACGAGUUCCUGAUUUCCAAGGAUAAACCUGUGUCACAUUUCAAGAGGAGACAGCCAAAUAUGCUGAUGAUGCAGAAAUUUGCCCAUGACAAGAUGGAGUGGCCGAAGCACUACACCAGUGAAAAGGUUUUAGUCCUGAUGACUUACGCAGAACUGAUGAACAGAAAAUAUGGAAGAGAAAUGUCCUCCCAAGUCAAACCCCUCAGAAUAUUGAAACCGAGGGUGAGGAAUGCUGUCGCCUGCUUCGAAGUCAUCUGGAGCGUACCAGAUCAUUAUGCGUUUCCUGAGGAUCGGCCUGCAGACGAUCAACAUGAGGUGAGGACGGUGGAAGAAGAGUCUCUCUUCCGUGUGGCCUUUCCAGAAGUGGUGGAGAACUACCUUAGAGACAAAGCUCUGGCCGAAGAGAACAAGACCAAGAAGAGAAAACCAAAGAGUAAAAAGGAGAAGCCAUCUGAUGUCUCUGAUGGUAUUUCUGACCUCUUGGCACAGAUGACCCUUCAGAGUUCCUCUAAAACUCAACCACAUGCGCUGCUCCCUACUGCUUCAACCACAGAUAAACCAGAAGUGGUGGUUGUGGACACUCCAGUGAACUAUAAACAGCAUCGGAAGUCAAAAGAAGACCACAGCAGUCUGGGUGAUUGCCCCAGCACUCCUCUGUCUCAUGGAGAAUCAGAGGCUGCUGCUGCAUCACCCUCUGUCUCUGCUGUUAUCGACGCUCUCCACCUGAGUGAUAUUGACUGGGAGGCUUUGUCCUUCACAUCCUCUCCAACCCCACAAUCAGCUAAUAACCACACCGCUGAGCCCAAGCUGAGCAAAACCACAGACAGUGGUGUCAGAGAAACAGAGGGCAAAAACACCAAGCAGAAAACCUUAAGUGACGUCAGAGAAGCAGACUCCAGAUCUGCUCUAGAGGUGUGCUACACAGAGUGUCCUCUACGGGACAGGCUGCUCAUGAGGAACACAGCCAAAGCUAUACACCAGAAGGAGAUACACACUGACGUGGUCUCGAAACAACUACACCAUGAGUCAUCCUCUCUCAAACACAUUUCUCCUCAUAACUCAAGUGGCCAGAUCUCCAGUAAAGGUACGGGUGACAGUAAAUUGUCAGGAGAGAAAUCUGCUGUGUACAGAAAAGAGCCGUUGACUGACAAAACACAGUGUACAUCAAACAAGGAAGAAACUCACAGUUCAAAACAGCAGUUGAGGCCUGCAGUUCAAAGUAAGACAAAGGACAAAUGUAACGUCUCCCAAAAGCCCCCUCACAAAUACAAAUUUGUCAGAAAAGCCAUUUCAUCAUCGCUUGUCCCACGGCAGAGGUGCCACACUGACCCAAGUCAAACUGACAUAGACAGGAACACGUCGCAGAGCACCAAGAAGAGUGUGUGUAUGAGCCUGUGUUCAUCCAGCGAGGAAAGUGAUGCAGAGAACCGGCAGUCUGGACCUCAGAGAAAAGCUAAAAUCAAGCCCACAAACAAGAUCAUUAUCUCAGAUUUCCCCCUGAAACCUAAAUCAACCAAACCAGCUGCAAAAACAGCUCCUACCACUCAGUUAUUACCAGAAAAAUCUCAGAGCUUAAUUGCAGACAGCGAGAUUAACAUCCUACCUGUAGCAACUAAAAGCAAAUGCCAGGAUGUCUCACCAGCUCAUGUGGAUGUAGAUGUGUUCCCUCAGACUCCUGCAUCACCUGUCAUUGUGUUAGAUAGCGAUGACUCAGUUAUUUGUAGUGAGAGUCCACUGCCACUGGCAGAGAGACUGAGACUGAAGUUCCAGAAGUGAGCAGCACGAUAACAGGAUGAUGGACAACAGCAUGAAAGCUAUUUUAUGUCAAAUCAUGUGAAGUGUUGACGUGGAGUUUAACAAAUAACUUUUAUCUCAAGGUUGGCUUCCCAGCUUUUAAAAGAAGAGCUGCAGCAAUUAGUGGAUGAAGAAACUGGGGCCUGAUACGAAGGUAGUGACCAGGUGCCAACCAUAAGCAGCAGGCAUCCAAGAAACAGCACUGAAAAAAUACCUAAAUUUAGCGAGUAGAAAUGUCAAACAAGUGUGAAUCCGGGGUUUGAUUUUUACUUCCACUUUCGCUGGUGAGUGU